AUGCGCACGCGAUGUUGCAGCUUGCCAAUGUUCAACCCCCGUCGCGCCUGGAUAAUGCUGGCAUGGGCCAUCUUGUUUUCGCUAUGGCUCACUCUAGCGGAGGGGAUGAGGGAUUACCAAAUUAAAGAGCUUAGACAAGAAACGGAGCACAUGUUUUACCAUGGAUUUGAAAACUAUCUCGAUCAUGCCUUUCCCGAAGACGAACUGCGCCCACUCACCUGCGGACCUUUGACCCGCGACGAAAAAUAUAACGAUAAUAACGAUGUACUGGGCAACUAUUCCUUAACCUUGAUUGACAGCUUAUCGACACUCGCUAUUCUAUCGUCGAGUCCAGAGAGCGGGGAACGGUCCCUAGGGUAUUUCCAAGAUGGUGUGAAAGACUUUGUUAGCUUAUAUGGAGAUGGCUCACAGGGCCCUGCUGGUCGGGGAGAACGCACCAAGGGGUUUGAUAUCGAUAGCAAGGUGCAGGUGUUUGAGACAGUCAUUCGAGGACUAGGCGGGUUGCUCAGUUCCCACCUUUUCGCUAUAGGUGAACUUCCUAUUGCCGGAUAUGAACCACCAGAGCAAGAUGCCGCCUUUGCGGCUGCGUGGAACAAAAGCUCUUUCUCGGAAGAUGACCAUGGAAUCGAAUGGAGAAAUGGUUUUGUCUAUGAUGGCCAACUUCUUCGGUUAGCUGUCGACCUGGCAAAUCGUCUCCUUCCAGCAUUCUAUACGGAGACUGGUCUGCCUUAUCCGCGAGUCAACCUGCGACACGGAAUACCGUUCUACGAGAACUCACCUCUGAAUCUCAAACCUGGAGGUAAUAAGCGGAAGAAGUACUCGUACCUGUCAAAUGCCGAGGUCACCGAGACCUGCAGCGCAGGCGCAGGCAGCUUGGUCCUCGAAUUUACCGUCUUGAGCAGGCUCAUUGGGGAUGGUCGGUUCGAAGAAUUAGCUAAAAGGGCGUUUUGGGCCGUUUGGGCCCGCCGAAGUGACAUUGGAUUAGUUGGAUUUGGCAUUGAUGCUGAAUCAGGCAAAUGGAUCGGCUCAUACUCCGGGAUUGGUGCCGGCAUUGACAGCUUCUUUGAAUAUGCCUUCAAAUCACAUGUUCUCCUUUCCGAAGGAGAACGUCCCCCCUUUGAUACUAAGAGUCCUUGGAAGAUACUGGAUGACUACUAUUUACCCUUGAAUGAGGGUCAGCAUUCCCCAGAUGCAUUCCUUCAGGUCUGGGAAGACUCGCACACCUCAAUCAACCGCCAUCUAUACCGAGGCGAGGGAUAUCAACAUCCCCAUCUGGUUGUGGGAGAUGUCAUCACCGGAGCUACGAGAGCCUUCUGGAUUGAUAGUCUGAGUGCAUACUAUCCCGGCUUACUUGCUCUGGAUGGAAAGCUGGAUGAGGCCAUCGAAAUUCAUCUUCUCACGACCGCAAUCUGGACGCGCUUCUCCGCUCUUCCUGAGCGGUGGAACGUGGCCACAGGUGAUAUAGAUAAUGGCCUUUCCUGGUACGGAGGUCGACCUGAGUUUAUCGAAUCCACCUACUACAUUUACCGGGCAACUCAAGAUCCCUGGUAUCUCCAUGUUGGAGAGAUGGUUCUCCGUGAUAUUAAGAGACGUUGCUGGACAAAAUGCGGAUGGGCAGGUUUGCGCAAUGUCCAAACCGGCGAAAUGAUUGAUCGUAUGGAAAGUUUCUUUCUCGGAGAAACUGCCAAGUACAUGUUUCUUCUUUUUACGCCUGAUCACCCACUGAACAAAAUCGAUGCUCCAUGGGUAUUCUCGACUGAGGGUCAUCCUUUGAUCAUCCCGAAAAAGACCAGGCCAAGUCAACCCCGUCGCCGUAAAGAUGUUGAUCCGUUCCAGCACACAGCUGACGACAUUUGCGUUGCCCCCCCUGCUCCGUCUACCUUUGGCGCAUCUUCCACUGCAUCAAGGUCUGAUAUCUUCCACGCUGCCAGUUUGGCUCGUUUACAUCUUCGACCUGAUCGCAGCACGGAUGAAGGUGCCAUUCUGGCAGGCUCACCCAAUCACCCGAGUGUAUCGGUAUCUGAUCUGUCAUCACCAAGCAAUUAUACGUUCUAUCCGUGGACACUUCCUCCGCAGCUUGUGCCACACAAUGCGACCAGUGCACCAAUGGCACUUCGUCCCACGCUUGACAUCUCGUUCCCGACGCUCCCCGGUGGUAUCAACAUGGGUCCAGGGGCCUUGGAGCGCGUACACGACGGCAUUUUGAUCAAAACUGUUGGAGGGCUUCGAUUGAGCAUGAUUCAAGAUGUUCCACUAGGAAAGAAUGCCAAGGGCAGAGAUGAUGACGGGUUCCGGGUACAGGUGAUCAACAAUGUCCCUCUAGGCAAAGAUGAGAAGGUAUACCUCUCGCGCCAGAUCACCUUUGACCUUGUCGACCCCUAUGAUCCCAAUUUCACCCGAGUCCGUGAUAACGCCGUUGUUGACCUUGUCAUUGACGUUCUUCCAGAGCCCCCUCGACGAAACAAUGGCUCAGCUCAUACAAGAUCUGACGAGCCUGCAGAAGAGCCUUCAGAAGAUUCAGAAGGCCCAGAGUCAUACGUCAGCCGUCAUAGACCCGUCGCCGACAACGAAAACCCCAGUGUCGAAUCCCCCAUGAAAACCAUGCUUUCAUCGCUAGUCAACUCGGUGUCUUCUCUUCUCCGUGACGAUCCCGUUGAAGCUACUCCGCUCCGCCUCAGCCUCCCGGGUACCCUUCCUACAGGCAUCGGAGCCGCUCCCCUCCCAGAAGUUGAGGAUGCCGUCAGCAUAUCCCUAACUGGCAACCCAUCCACCUCCCGACUCUCAUGGUCAUCAAUCCACUUCGCCGAUGACCUCUGUGACGAGCGUAUUCUCCGCGAUAUCGCUCAAACCCAUGAGGUCCUCGUUCUAAAACGAGGCGGCUGCACUUUCUCCCAGAAAAUGCGUAACAUCGCAGCUUACAGACAGUCACGCUCGUCUCUGAAACUCGUUGUCGUCGUAUCCUACGAUGAUGAGGUUCCUACCUCACAGGCUGAUUCUGAGGACGAAGCAUCCGAUAACUCGCAAUCGAAGCCUCUUUCCUCUCUCGCCGCUUUGCGUGCAGAACCAUACCUUAUUCGUCCCCAUCUCGAUGAGAACCAGAUGACUGCCAGCGGUAUCCCGCGCAACCACCUUAUUAGCAUGGUCAUGGUUGGUGGAGGUGACGAGACAUAUAACCUGUUACAAGCUGCUACUGGCGUUGGGGUUCGCAGACGAUACACGAUGCGAUCUCAGGGUGUCCCGAUCACCAAUUUGUAUAUUCUUUGA